AUGUCAGACAUUUACAUUCCCAAUAUCUUCAAAGGCACGGUAAUCAAACGCGAUGAUGUUAACUAUGAAAGCGAAUGCUAUCAGUAUGCAUCGAGCUCGUACUUGAAGGAGGACAUUGUUCGACCAAUGGCUAUUAUAAAAGCAGCAGACGACAACGACGUGAUCAACGCCAUCAAGUUUGCAAAAGAAAACAAUAUCGCUGUUGCCGUGCGCACAGGAGGUCAUCAAUAUAGCGGCGCGUCGUCCACAAAUGGAAAAAACAUUCAACUUGAUUUAUCCCAGACGUACAAGGAUUUUCAAUGGAACAACGAGGAUCGCACGUCGGUGACGUUAGGUGUCAGCUUCUCGUUGGGCGAGUUCAAUGCCAAGCUCGGAGAAGCAAGUCGAUUUGUGCCACAUGGUCAAUGUCAAUACGUCAAUAUUGGUGGACAUGUUCAAACUGGGGGAUACGGUCAGUUGGCUAGAAGUUUCGGGCUAUUCUCGGAUUAUGUCGAAAAAUUCUGCAUUAUUACCGCCGAUGGUCAAAAACAAGAGGUUGACCACAGCAACAAGGAUUUGUUUUUUGCUGUGUUGGGUGGUAGUCCUGGAAAUUUUGGGGUGCUUACUCACGUCACAUUGAAAGUCCUCAGAGACCAAGACUACCCAAAUUCUCGCGGUCUAAGGGCCGUGUGUCCAUACAAUCGGGACCGUCUCAAGGAAUUAUUGGAUAUCAUGGUGGAUAUGGCAGAAAAUGAAAAUUUCCCGGCCGAUUACGACUAUUCUGUCACGGUGUUGGAAGAUCCUCCAAACCUUACGACUUCUGAGUUAACCUAUGACCAGAGGUAUAACCACAAAUAUGUUACAGAACAGUCUAUAACUUGGCCCCGGAUGAUCGUCAUUUUCGUGCAGUGGGCCAAUCUGAAAGGAGCUCAUCAAACAUACGACCAGCAAUUCAUUGACAAAAUUCGAAAGGCUGCCGGCAUCACCAUAAUUAACGCCAAAAAAUUAGUUAUUGUCAGCGACCGUAAACCCACACCAAUGUCUAAGUUGACCAGCGACUGGAUUGUGCCAAUCGGACGGGAGUUCAACCUUCCGUACUUCAAGCGUGUAUACUCGUCCAAUUCCAAUUCUAAGAGACUCAAGUCAUUCAAGUGGACUGAUUGGAUUUCGAAUCGAAUCGAUGAUGGAUACACUCGGAAAUUGAACUUGUCGGCACAAUUUCAGCAUUUUGGUGGCAAAAACUCGCGAUUUUUCCAAAAUGGAAAGAACAGUCACACGUCAUUUAGUUGGCGAGAUACUAAACUUGUCUGCACGUUGGAUGUAUUUUACCAUACCGACCUAUACAAGGAGGCGAAAAUGUGGGCGCAAAUAAGCGACUAUGAGGGGGUUGGAAAUUCGAAGGCCAAAUUUUGCGAAGAUGACCGUCGCCUUUUGUGGGGCUCAUUCGAUUUAGACUUGAGUGCCAAUUGGCAGUAUUAUUACGACAAAAAAGCAAAGUACAAUCAACUAUGCAAAAUCAAAGAAAAGUAUGAUCCGUCGGGCGUGUUCACUCCGAACAGAUUUUGCAUCGGCCUCCCAGUUCCAAAGGGGAAGGAUACUAUGCAGCCUAAACUCACGCCCGCUGAUUUGGAGGAAAUUGACUCUGAUGAGCAUCAACUUAAAGCGGAAAAGAAAUUUUGGGAAAUAAUGAAUAAGGAGAUCGACAAACCUGUUUGUCUAUGGGAUGCCUGGCGCAAAACUGAACAUGAGAAUAUAGAAGACAUAUAA